AUGUCUGGAUUGGGGGGUGACUUUGGUCGUCAAUUUGAGCUUGAAACAUGGACCCUGUACAGUGUGGGCGUCCUGGGCGCGGUGCUUCGAUUCGUUGCGCGUAUUCGGCGUUUAGGAAUUCGACAGCUGCAAAUUGACGACUAUAUGAUGUUAUUCGCCGUCUUCUGGUAUACCGUGUUGAGCGUGGCAUUGAAUUCGGUGGCUACCGGUGGAGGGUCCAAUCUGUUGACACCGGAAGACCUCGUCGCCAUGACCGAAACAGAACGAGCGGACCGAGUUCGCGGCAGCAAAUGGGUGUUUGUGUCGGAACAUGCCUUUAUUCUGUGCAUUUGGAGUCUCAAGGCCUGUAUGCUGGUCAUCUAUUCACGCAUCACCGAGGGCUUGAAACAACGCAAAUGGAUCAAUUACAUUGCCAUUUAUGUGGCCUUGGGGUUCGUUGGAACGGAACUGUCGCUCUUUCUCAUCUGUCGCCCAAUCACCAACUACUGGGCUGUACCGACCCCCAACCCCCAAUGUUCCAACUACCAGUACUAUGAGAUUGUGCAGGGGUCCUUCUCCAUUUCGGCCGACGUCUUUAUGCUCCUGGUCGCCAUCCCCAUGCUGGUGCAAGUGCGGGUCCCGAUGAAGCAAAAACUGAUUCUCCUGCUCCUCUUCGGCAUGGGUAUCUUCGUCAUCGUCGCCGCCGUGCUCAACAAAGUCUACUGUCUGGUCCCCGCUCUAAUCUCCUAUGUUUACAUGAAUUGGUACUUCCGUGAAGCCACCGUUGCGAUCCUCGUCACCAACCUGCCCCUCGUCUGGUCCCUCCUCCGCGAUGUCUUCCCCGCCCUCAAGAGCUGGACCGGGGGAUCCAAGCGGGGAACCGAUCGCUACAAGUCGGGCCCGUGGACGAGCAAGAACUCGCGACCCUACGGUCCGCACAGUCAACUGCGCUCGGGGGAUUUCGAUCUCAACACCCUCCAGCACAAUGUGACGGUGGUUCCGCAAAAGAACGCCGCAGUUUCGGACGUCAGUGUCGCCGCCAGUGAUGAGCGAGAUCUCAGUAGUGACGACGGGUCCGCCCGAGCGUUACGGAUUCGGCAGGACAUUACGGUGACUGUCGAACACAAUGCUCGACCUAAAGAUUUCCAAUCGGGUGCAGCGCAUGACAUUCAAAUGCCGCAUCGAGCGGAAGUUUAG